CCUCUUAAUUAUAUGGACUCUGGAGUAGCAUUAGCAAUGUUUAGUUUCUAUAUGUAUGCGGCCAUAUGCUGUUCACCCUUUCUACUUCAGAGAGCGAUCUCUUUGUUUUCUCUUGGUUCGGCUUUAUAACUAUGGUGUUUGGAGUGUUGUCGAUCUUGUGGCCUCUGGUUAUCUUAUAGUAUUAGCCUGUUGGGACUCAAAUUAUAAACUGUUUACAACCAAUCAUGGCAUCAUGCUCAUCAUCUCAAGAAGAGAAUGUGGAAUACGAUCCUUUCAGUGGAAUUGGACCUCGAUUCCAAAGGAUAAAAUCCUGCGCACCUGCAAAACUGUUUGAUGUAUUUAUUAGUCACCGCGGACCCGAUGUAAAAGGGACUCUAGCUUUUGAACUGUACUAUUGUCUCCAGGAGUUGGGAUACAAAACAUUUCUUGAUUCUUAUGAGAUGGAACUGGGAGAUUCCUUUCCUUCUGCCAUAAAGAACGCCAUCAAUUCUGCUUCAGUUCAAAUUGCUAUAUUUUCAAAAGGAUAUGCAGAGUCUCCUUGGUGUUUAGCUGAGCUGGUUCUCAUGUUACAUACUAAGGCUAAGAUUAUUCCUGUCUUUUAUGAUGUUACACCCUCUGAUCUCCGUCACAUACAAAAGGGAGUGUACUCUGAUGCAUUUGCUCAAUAUAAGCAGAAAGGGAGGUACUUGAACAAGCUUACGGAAUGGGAAGAAGCUCUCAACACUGUUUCAUUCAUGUACGGCUACGAAUUCAGUAAGCAUAAUAAUGAUCAGAGUAAGCUGUUCGAAAAUGUUGUGCGUGCUGUGCAUAAAGAGAUAGAAAAGACAAAACCCUUGGAUGUUGCAGAUAAUCCAGUAGGACUUGAUGAACUUGUGGAAGACUUUGAAAGGUGUUGCACGCAGCAGAGGGAGGACGCAGUGAAGAUAAUCGGUAUCUUCGGAAUGGGUGGAUCUGGAAAGACAACAUUGGCUAAAGAAGUAUUCAACCGGAAGCUUUGCGAAUAUGAUGGGUCAUGUUUUCUGUUUGACGUGAGAGAAGCAUCUGACAAAAAUGAAUUGUCUUCUCUUCAAUCCAAGCUACUCAAAGACCUGCUCUGCCUCCAAGAUUCCCCAAAAUUUCAUAGCAUAGAAGAAGGAAAGAGCUAUCUCAAAUCUCAGCUGCGAAGGGUUAGAAUCUCGCGCUUGCUUAUUGUUCUAGAUGAUGUUGAUAAGAAGGACCAACUAGAUGCGCUUUUAGUUAGAAAUGCCCUGAAUUCUGCUAGUUUGGUGAUCGUCACAACACGUGAUGAGAGCGUGCUAAUAAGCAGCAGAAUUACUCUUCGCUAUAAGGUGAAAGAAAUGAAUCUUGAGCACAGCAGAGAGCUCUUCUGUUGGAAUGCAUUCCACCAACCAUAUGCUGAUAGUGCUUACAAGGAUCUGGUUGAAAAGUUUGUAAAAGUAUGUGGAGGUUUACCUCUGUCUCUCCAAGUCAUAGGCGCUCAUGUUUAUGGUAGGACUGACCGCCAUUAUUGGCGAUCAGUUUUGAAAGAAGUUCUUAAAACAUUGCCUGAGGACAUCAAGCGGAGGGUGAAAAUAAGUUUUGAUUCAUUGAACAGUGAACAAAAGCAAAUCUUUAAGGAUAUUGCUUGUUUCUUCAUUGGUAAACCAUUAUGUAUGGCCAGAAGAAUAUGGGAAGGAUCUGGAUGGAGUGCUGAGUUUGCAAUUCAAACCCUAAAGGAUAAAUGUCUCAUUGAAAUUGUCUGGUGUUAUUCGAAGGAAUUUGAUGAUAACAAGCUUUGUUUCAGAAUGCAUGACCAUCUUCGUGAUUUGGGGAGAGAAUUGGCAGAUGAACUGGGCGCUCUUCGCCUGUGGCACCCCAAACAUCUUAAACGUUUGGAAUUGAUGCAUUUUAAAAGCAUUCUCACUGAAGUCAAUGGCAGAUGUCUUCUCUCAAUUUUUGACUGGUCCUUUGGUGCCCAAAUUACAUGCUUUUUUGGGAAGUUGGAUGAUUGUGCCGAGGAAUCAGUUUCUUUGCUAUGGCUUCAUCUUGACCUUACUUGGAGUGUACACACAAGCAUUCCUUCAUGGAUACCUUUCCAGAAUUUGCAGGGUUUGAUAAUUGUUGAUGGGCAUCUCAGAAGCUUGUGGCGAAACGACAGAGAGGUGCUCUACCAGUUGAAGGAGUUGUUGCUUUAUAGAACAUCAUUGGUUGAAUAUGCAAACUCAUUAAAACUCUUAAUUAAUUUGGAAAAACUAGCCAUAAGAGGAAGACCUGGUGAUGAUGUAAUAGAAGCGAGGUCUUUGUUAAACUCUCUUAGAAAACUCAGACAUCUUAGAAGUUUGGUUUUAACACAUUUGCCAAUAUCAGGGGAUGUGGCCUUGAACAAUUGUGGUGCUUCAACUGUAAAGUCUUCCAUGAGCAACCUAGAGAACAUUGAAAUUAGAGAUGAAAGGGAUAUAUGGAAGGUUUCAAUUAGUGGAGAUCAUUGUCCGAGCCUUGAAUCUCUUCGUAUUCAAUCUAUGCAAAAUUUAUUCCUAGUUGAUUUAUCAAUGCUAAGAACACUGAAUUCUCUUGAGUUGAAUUCUUGUUUAGAAUUAAGAGAGGUGUCAGGGAUAGCUGAUCUGGAAAACCUUGUAUUCUUGAGGAUUCAUAAAUGUGCUAAGGUAAUCCAGUUGCCAGGUCUUGCACGUCUUAGUUUGCUACAGAGGAUUAUCGUUGAUGGAUGUGAGAAGCUACAGUGUAUAACUGGUAUUGAAGAGCUGAAAGGACUGAAGUAUCUACACCUAUCAGCACUAGGUAAUGGAGGUAUAUCCAAUUGCAUUUGUAACUUGCAGAGACUGCCAUCAGAACUUACGACUGUAAUUGGUAGAACAGCAAAGGAAGCCUCAUUAAUUUUAACUGCAAAUUUGUUUUCUGACCUGAUUAGUGACAUUGGUCAAAUUCAUAUCGCAGAAAAUGCCAUGCCUGAAGUACCACUGGAAACAGUUGAACACUUGAGUACAAUCAUUCUAUGUACUGUGGUUCAGAUAAAUUAUGGGGAAAUUACACACAUUCCUCUUGGUGGGUCUGAUUCAAUUGAAAGUUACAUGGCAGGAGGAGAAUGGAUGGUUACAUUCGUAGUUACUGCAAAGUUGGAUUGGAUUCCGAGUGUGUCAUUAGGAGCUGAAAUAAAGAAGGGGUGUAUAAUAGUGGUGAAAAAUAGUGAGGAAGGGAAUGCCCUGUGUAUAUUAAAAAGAAUUAUUGGCCAGUUGUAUGAUUCCUAA